AUGUCGAAAACCAACUGGGCGACCACCGUCAAUACCACCACUCAUCGCACCACCACCGUUGAUGAUGAUCGCAACAACAACAACCACCAAUCUUCAUUACCUCCAUCAACACCUCUCAAUAGUGAUGAUGAUGACAUGGUCAUGAUGAAUCUGACCAUCACAACCACACCACCUCCAUCAUCAUUAUCAGUUCAAACGACCAUGAUUGGUGCUCCUAAUAAUAAACGAGUCGUGACGGCAAUGCCCGCUUCACCUUCAUCCUCUCUGAGUGUCAACAAUACUACCAAUACUCCCACUACUACCAAUACUAGUAAAAACAACAACACUCAAGGCGGAACAUCACCACUGACACCCACCACCACUUCGACUCGACAUAAAAGACUACCCAGUAGCUUCCUUCUUCCCUCAACAACAACACACCCAACAACAACAACAACAACAACUCCAACAACACCCACCACUCCAUCCAGUAGAUCAUCUUCUUCACUUUCCACUCGUCCUUCCCUUGGAGAGAUGCAAACCUCUUCCUCCUCCUCAUCGAGCCUCAUCAACCACACGGGUAGUAGUAUCAACAAUAACAACAGCAACAACAAUAAAAACACCUCAACAAGGCUUGUUGUUGUUGCCUCAACAUCACCAAGCCCUACCACCACCAAUACCACAACAACAAAUUCCAAUCUAUUACCACCACCACCUGUUUCAUUCCAUGCUCUCUUCAACUCCAAUUCAGAAGAACCAUCAUCAUCCGAUUCGAUCCUUUCUUCUCCUUCCGAACAACAACAAGAAGAAUUCAUAUCCAACAACAACAACACAACAAGAAUUACCUCACCACUACCACCACAACAUCCAUCCAUUCCAUCAUUAUCAUCAUCAGCUCCAUCCAAUAUGAUGUUGGGUCAUAUGACUGCUGCUGCUGUUGGUGGUACUACGAGUGGUCAUUCCGUUCCAUCUCUGUCCACUCAUCAACAUUCUCGUCAUUCCUAUUCCAAUAAUAACUCAGCAGCUGCAUCUACUUCCUUCUCUAAUAAUAAUAUUGAAUAUUAUCAUCCUCAUAUGGCCAUGUUUAUCAAACGUAAAUUUGAUGAAGAUGAAGAAUAUCUCGUCUAUUCCUAUCCCAAUGAAAUUACCUCUCCAAAUAUUCAUAUUCGAUCCUUGAAAGAAUUGAGAGGAACUCUACACUCUGUAUUUGGUGAAUGUAAUGAUAUAUUGAAUGAAGAAGUGAGAUUUUGUUAUUUGACUCCCACUGGAAGGAGUGUCAGUAUGAUGAAUGGUAGUAUGGGUAUAGGAAUGGGUAUAGGAAUGGAUUCGAGUAUUCAUCAUGCUACUCCAACUCCUACUACAGCAAUGACCACCACCACCAACAACAACAACAGCAACCCAAACACUCCCAUUCCACAACUUCCUUCAGCCAUCAUUUCUCCUCCUAUAUUGGCAGGUAGUGCACCGCCAUCAUCAUCGACAAGUCCACUCUCACAACCGAUCGAAAUGCCUUCUUCCUCCGUUCCAUCCCAUUUGGAUAGUCAUUUAUUGCCUGUUGCAAUAUCUGGUUCACAACCACCACUCCCACCGAAUGAAACUAAUUUAUUGGAACCACCACAUUCACCUCCUAAAGCAUCUCUUCUUGAAUUUUUACAAGAAUCAAGAAUGAAUCCAUCUCUAUUAACUUCACCUCAUCUUGGUGAAAAUAGUAACAACAAUAUCAUUUAUUUGAGAGAAACUAUUCAAAAAAACAAAAGACCUCUCAUUGUCACCUACAAGGUGCUUAAACAAUAUAUAUUUUUAUUGUAUUUACCAAUACCUUCAGAUUACAAUUAUGGAAAUGUCAUGAAAUUGGUUUAUGAACAAUAUGUGAAUGAAUUAUUUGAAUUUUUAGAUUUUAUUUAUCAAGAUGUUGAAGAGAUUAUUUCAAACAUUUCAGAUUAUCAAUCUCAAUUAGAUACUAUAUUUAAUAGAUUUUUUGAAAUGGUGUUUCAUGAUAGAGAUUUCAGUUUUGUUAAUAGUUUUCAAGAUGGAUUUGUGAAAUUUCAACCAUCGUUUCAUAUUACUCAAACCAUCGACGCUGAAUUGUCAAAUUUAGAAACAAUUAUGAAAGAAGAUUGUUUUAACAUUGGAACAUGUUUAAUCUAUAAGGGUUUAUUACAAUUGUCUCAUUUACCAAAGAAUAUUACAAAACAAGUGAUUCGAUACUUGACACAUUUCAAUAUUAUUCAUAGAGCUCAAGACUCACCAGAAAUGGUAAUCAUUGAAAAAGUAUUUAUUAAGGAGCACAUGAAUCCAUUUGGAUUACUCUCCGUGAAUGACUCUCAAUCAAACCACGACAAUGGAUAUGACUAUUUAUUGUCAGUCAUUACACAAGGUGAAAAAUUAAUGUGUAGUGUUUUAUAUGCAAAGAGAUAUCCUCAAUCUUAUUACGAAGGUGAUUUGUAUUAUGUUGAUGAAAUGAGAACAUGUUUGCUUCAAUUAGAAAAGAAAGGUAUAUUCAGUCAAAUUAGAAGCCAAUUCAAGACAUCACACUCACUCGCAAAUAUAUUAUCCAUUCCCACUGUAUCCAUUACGAAUAAUGGCAAUCAUUUAGACACUCAAAGGGAAGGUGGAGGAGGUAGCUCUAUGAAUGAUUCAAAUAGUAGCAGUUCUGGUAGUAGUGGUAGUGGAAACAACAGUAAUGCUCAUAAUUCCUCCUAUGAUCCUUCCAACUAUGCAAAUUAUAACAUGAAGCAUUUUGUGACCCAAGGACCUUACAAUGUGUUGCUUGGUUAUGUGGUGCAUUCGAAUUCUAAUGGUCUAAUUUUGUUCCAUAACAGUCACAACUCAUCCAUUGCAUCGGUCUUCUCGUUGAAGUGUCAAGUAAUAAGACAAAUAUUACACAGUAAGAGAAUGAUUGCGAAUAUGUCGCAAGAUGCAGAUCCAAUUGUAGAGUUUGGUAUUCACAUUGACCACAAGGUGCCUCUGGUUGGCAAUAGCGUUGCGCAAGUGGGAUAUUGGAUUUGUGGAAGAAUGAACGACAAAUUGGACGAGUUUUAUGUUUGCUAUGAAGACUCUAUUCCUCAAGAGGUUGCUGAGCUUGCCUAUCGCUUAUACAGCAGAUUGUAUAUUUAA